AUGCAAUGUGUGGCCUCCUGUGGAGAGUGGAGAGGAAAAUCAUUAAGAGUGGUGAAAACUCCCGACAUGUUCGGUCUGUCUGAGGAGAAAAUAAGACGAGAAGUGAAGGACUGUGUGAGUCUCUGUCCUCCUGGACCAAAUGUUCUGCUGCUGAUAGUGAAACCUUCUGAUUUCACUGAGGAGAACAGACAGACUCUGAAGUUCAUCUUGAGUUUGUUUGGAGAAGAUUCCUUUAAACACUUCAUUGCUGUCAUAACCAACAGGGAUGAAAAUAGCAAAUCUGUAAAUGAACUCCUUAGAGAAUGUGGAGGAAGACACUACAACAUGUACGAAGGUAACUGUAGAUCAUUAAUGAAGAAGGUUCAAAAGAUGGUAAAUGAAUCCAGUGAACCUCCCCGGCAAAAACGAGAACCAUCUUUAAACCUGGUUCUGUGUGGGAGGAGAGGAGCAGGGAAGACGUCAGCAGCCAAGGCCAUUUUAGGUCAGACUGAGCUUCAUUCAGCCUCCAACUCAUCAGAGUGUGUUAAACAUCAGGGAGAGGUGUGUGGACGUUGGGUUUCCCUGGUGGAGCUGCCUGCCUUGUAUGGAAAACCUCAGGAGGCAGUGAUGGAGGAAUCACUCAGGUGUAUCUCCCUCUGUGAUCCAAUCCAUGCCUUCAUCCUGGUCCUACCUGUGGCUCCCCUCACUGAUGAAGACAAGGGAGAGUUAGAGACCAUCCAGGACACAUUCAGCUCUCGAGUCAAUAACUUCACCAUGAUUCUGUUCACUGUACUGUCAGAUUUUACAGCUCCAGCUGUUCUUAGCUUUCUAAAAGAAAACAAGGACAUCCAGAAGCUCUGUGAGAGCUGUGGGGGACAGUAUUUUGUUCUCAGCAUGAAGGACAAACAGAAGAUCCCAGAAUUGUUGGAGACUGCAGAAAAAAUGAGACUGCGCAAAGAUAAACCAAGCUGCUAUACAAAAGAAACUUUUGGACAUGCCACAAUAGCUCAAGUUAUAACUGCUCAGAAGGAGAAUAAAGCACUAAAAGAUGAACUUAAAUCCUAUGAGGAUAAACAGAGCAGAGACCCUCUCAGGAUUGUGCUGAUUGGGAAGACGGGCAGUGGAAAGAGCUCUACAGGAAACACCAUUCUAGGAAGAAAGGCCUUUGAAGCCAAAGCAAUCCAGAUGUCACUCACCAAACGCUGUCAGAAAGCACAUGCUGAAGUGGACGGUCGUCCUGUUGCUGUGGUCGACACUCCUGGACUGUUUGACUCAACUUUGUCUCAUGAUGAAGUUCAUGAGGAGAUGGUGAAAUGCAUCAGCCUCCUGGCUCCAGGACCACAUGUCUUCCUUUUGGUGAUGCAGAUUGGCCGAUUCACACCAGAAGAGAAGGAGACACUCGAACUGAUCAAGAAAUUCUUUGGAAAAGAUUCUGAGAAGUUCACCAUCUUUCUCUUCACAGGAGGAGAUACACUGGAACAUGAAGAGCAGUCCAUUGAAGAGUACAUUGAAAAGGGGUGUGAUGAUUCCUUCAAGAAGCUGAUCGCGGACUGUGGAGGAAGAUACCAUGUGUUCAAUAACCAUGACAAAAAAAGCCAAACACAAGUCAAUGAGCUGAUAACAAAGAUCGACACCAUGGUGACAGAAAAUGGAGGCAGCUGCUUCACCAAUGAGAUGCUGCAGGAGGCUGAAGCAGCGAUACAGAAACAACAGGAGACGAUCCUGAAAGAGAACGAAGAAGCGAUGAAGAGAGAAAUGCAGGAGCUUGAAAGAAAACAAGAGGAAGAAAUAAAGACAGAAACUGUAAAUGACACUGAACUGACAGAAAAACAACUUCGUGAAAUGAAGGGGACGAUUAAAAAAGAAGAUCCACAGAGAAAGAAAGAAAAUGAAAUGAGAGAAGAAGAGGAGAGGAAAAAGAAAGAGGAGGAAAAACAUCAACAAAAGAAAUGGGAACAAGAACGGGAAGCUUUGGAGAAACGAAUCAGGUCAUCAACAAACAGGCCGGCAGCUGAUCAGAAACUGGAACAGAUUAGAAAAGAAAUGGAAGAAAAACGCAAAUCCUGGGAGAAGGAAAGAAAGGAGUGGUGGAAAAAACGACAUGACGAAAAUGAACAGAGACGUCAAGAGGAGGAAAAGACACAUAAAAAGCUUCAAGAAGAGUAUAAACAGGAGAGGAGAAAAUAUAAAAAACGAAAGGAAGAAGAUCGAAAGAGAAGUGCACAAGAAGAGAAGGAACGAAAAGAACUGGAGGAUAACUAUAAGCAAAAAAUGGAAGACAUGAAAAAGAGUUAUGAGGAGGAGGCAAGAAAACAAGCUGAAGAGUUCAAUGACUUCAAAGAAAAAUACAACAAAGACCUUCAAGCUCUGAUGUUAAAACAUACUACAGAACUGAAGGAUUUAAUGCAACAGCAUGAAACAGAGGUACAAGAGAAAGAAACAGAAAUGCAGCAGAAAGAUAAAGAACACAGCGAACAGUACAGGCUCUUAGAAGAGCUGUCAAAACGCAAAGAAACCACACUCAGAGGUGAUUUGGAGAAAAAAGAUGAAGAACUAAAAGGAGAAAAGGAUGAUAAAAAGGCAAGAGAAGAAGAAAUUAAAAAACUGAAGGAACAACAACAAAAAGAAAUAGAUGAUUUUUAUAACAUACAUGUCAUAAAGAUCAAGAAGUGCACAAUCUGUUGAUCGUCUAUCCUAAUGUUAACAACAAAUAUUUUAUUCACCCGUGUUACAGCUGGUUAGCACCCACCCACCAGUAUCUAUAGCUCUCUGUAACACAGUAACAGUAAGUCAUGUAGUUGUAUUUACAUCCUUUUUUUUCUCCAGUGUAUUUGGAAAUUUUUGUUUAUUGGAGUAAGUAAAAAAAAAAACUUUCAUUAAAAGAAAGCUUUGUAUAUAACAUUUGUCUUUCAUUGUAUACCACUUUAAUGUUACAGUUUUAAGUGUCUUUUAUAAAUGUUACUUUUUUUAUUAGUUAUUGGAGAAACUAUAUGGACUAACAUUAACAGUCACAUGACCUUUUUCUUUUUUUGAAUUGUUUUAGGGAAAUUUAAACAAAGUUUGUGAGGCAAAUCCCAAAAAGUUCAAUCUGUUCUGAACAGAAUCAGCUUUUUGAGAUUUCCUUACCUUGAUGAUUGAGCACGCAUCAAGACAAACUGUAAGUUGUGAUUUGUACUUUGCUUCAGUUUGUUUGGAAUUCUUUUAAAACACAACUUCAAACCUGCUGCAAUCACUUCUGGCACUGCACUUCAUUCUUCCUUCUUUUCCUUUCCGUGGGUCCUCGUCACUCAUGGAAAACUGGAAGUGAAACUAUUCUUACUGUGUUUUUUCCCCACUUGUGAACUGCUGUAUGAUCACAUGCUUUUACAGCGACUCUGACACUGUCCAAAAAUAAACAGAGCAGAUUGUG